GUUCCGGUUAGUCCGUAGUUGGAGCGCUAAAGUGUAACAACGUCACAACUAAACUGUCUGUUUUGCUCGUUAUUCUUUUAAGAAACUUUUUUAUUACCAUCAACAUGAGGGAAAUCGUGCACCUGCAGGCCGGCCAGUGUGGAAACCAAAUAGGAGCUAAGUUCUGGGAGGUGAUAAGCGAUGAGCAUGGCAUCGACCCGUCCGGGACGUACCACGGGGACAGCGACCUGCAGCUGGAGCGCAUCAACGUGUAUUACACCGAGGCAUCAGGUGGCAAAUAUGUCCCCCGUGCAGUGCUGGUGGACUUGGAGCCGGGCACAAUGGACUCCGUGAGGUCCGGUCCCUUCGGCCAAAUCUUUCGUCCAGACAACUUUGUCUUUGGCCAGAGCGGAGCAGGAAACAACUGGGCCAAAGGCCACUACACCGAGGGAGCCGAGCUGGUCGACUCGGUCCUGGAUGUGGUGAGGAAGGAGGCGGAGAGCUGCGACUGCCUCCAGGGCUUCCAGCUCACGCACUCCCUCGGGGGAGGCACUGGCUCCGGCAUGGGCACCCUGCUCAUCAGCAAGAUCCGAGAGGAGUACCCGGACCGCAUCAUGAACACUUUCAGCGUGGUGCCGUCUCCCAAGGUGUCUGACACCGUGGUGGAGCCGUACAACGCCACCCUGUCCGUCCACCAGCUGGUGGAGAACACGGAUGAGACCUACUGCAUUGAUAAUGAGGCCCUGUAUGACAUCUGCUUCCGCACGCUGAAGCUCACCACGCCCACCUACGGUGACCUCAACCACCUGGUCUCGGCCACCAUGAGCGGGGUGACCACCUGCCUGCGCUUCCCCGGUCAGCUCAACGCCGACCUGCGGAAGCUCGCGGUCAACAUGGUGCCUUUCCCCAGGCUUCACUUCUUCAUGCCGGGCUUUGCACCGCUGACCAGCCGGGGCAGCCAGCAGUACAGGGCCUUGACGGUUCCCGAACUCACCCAGCAGAUGUUCGAUAGCAAGAACAUGAUGGCAGCAUGCGACCCCCGCCACGGGCGCUACCUCACAGUCGCCGCCAUCUUCCGAGGCCGUAUGUCCAUGAAGGAGGUGGACGAGCAGAUGCUGAACGUGCAGAACAAGAACAGCAGCUACUUCGUGGAGUGGAUCCCCAACAACGUCAAGACGGCCGUCUGCGACAUCCCGCCCCGCGGCCUCAAGAUGGCCGCCACCUUCAUCGGCAACAGCACGGCCAUCCAGGAGCUGUUCAAGCGCAUCUCCGAGCAGUUCACCGCCAUGUUCCGCCGCAAGGCCUUCCUCCACUGGUACACCGGCGAGGGCAUGGACGAGAUGGAGUUCACAGAGGCUGAGAGCAACAUGAAUGACCUGGUGUCCGAGUACCAGCAGUACCAGGAGGCCACUGCUGAGGAAGAGGGCGAGUUCGAGGAGGAGGGUGAAGAGGACAUGGCCUAGACACCCAACAUGACCUCCUUUCUUUCUAUGCAACAAUCAUUGUUCGUAUUGUCGUAGAAUUGUUGACGACUGGCUGUAAAACAAACAGUUAAAAAGAGUCUCCCUGCAUCUCCACUGAUAGAACUCUGGUCGAGCCGUAGCAGGAAUGCAAAGCAGUUCUCCAGUCUUGGUUUUUCUCUGUCUCUUCUGUCUUCUUAUUUCCUGCUUUUCAAAGAAAACGAUUUCAUCAGGAACUGGUCAGACCAGAUCAUAGCUGGAUUUUAAUAAAGAUUUUAUGAAUUGGU